AUGGAGUUUUUGAGAGAUGUUCAACUACUUGUAUCGAGCGGUGGUCUUCUUUUUUGUAGAACUUCCCGAGAGAGACCCGAUCAUGUCGAACCUUUUGUGGUCAUUAACCCGGCCACUGGAAUGAAGGUUGAAGUAUCUGCACCUUCUGGUUUGUCAAGAGUAGAAAGAGAUAAUAGUUUAAAGGUUGUGUUCAACCAUAAUAAUAAUGGCGAUCCUUUUCUUAUGAUUAUUAUGAUAGAUAAUGAUGGUUGGAAUGCAAUAUAUAAGUUAAUGGUAUACUCCUUUGAAGAAAAGAAGUGGAGAGGGAAGAGUCAACGAGGUAUUGAUAUUGGAGGAAGAAAUUUAAUGGUGGAAAAUCAUGUGUUCUUCGGUGAUUGCAUUUAUAUUUUGUCGGACUUUGAUUGUUAUUAUUUCACACAUAAGAGUGAAUAUUUUCUCCCUUACAUCUUGUGUUAUAACGUAGAAAAGGAAAAAACACAAUUUUUGAGAUUACCGAAGCAGGCCAAUGAAGGGCGAAACCACAGUACUUAUCAAGUCAACAUCUUUCUAUGGAACGAGUGCAAGACAAUGUGUCUGGUUAAGUUUUGUAAAGGCCAAUUCACAAUAUGGGUAUGGAAUAAAAAAGGUGAGAAACAACAGUGGGUUCAGAUUUUGAGGAAGACACUCUCGGAUAUUGGAUUACUAUCUCAUGUUGAUGUUGUCGGUUUUACAGUAAUGAAUGGAAAGACGUUGGUUAUUGUAAUGGAAAACAAAAAGGUUUACUCUUACAAUCUGGUGAGUGAUGGUACGGCGACUCUAAUAAGCAAUAACCAUAGAUGCAAGGGACGGAAUUUUACAAUGCAUUCGUACUCUAACACCUUGGCUCAAAUUCCAAAUGCUGUGCCGAUUUUCUAA